AUGGGUGAAGAACAGGAAAACAAAGAAGAGGGAAAGAAAGAGGAAGGAAACACUGAAGAGAAGAAGAAAGAAGAGGAGAAGAAGGCAGAAGAGCCUCAAGAGAUUGUUCUCAAAGUUUACAUGCAUUGUGAGGCUUGUGCAAAGAAGAUUGUUAGAGCCCUCAAAGGAUUUCCAGGAGUUGAGGAAGUGACGACGGAUUACAAGUCUGGUAAGGUGGUAGUGAAGGGAAAGACAGCUGACCCUUUAAAAGUAUGUGAGAGAGUUCAGAAGAAGAGUGGUAGAAAAGUGGAGCUUAUUUCACCUUUGCCCAAACCACCCGAGGAAGAGAAAAAAGAAGAGACUCCACCGGAGAAGAAGAAUGAGCCUCCUCCUGUUAUCACAGUCAAUUUGAAAGUACACAUGCACUGUGAAGCCUGUGCUCAAGUUUUGCAGAAGCGGAUCGGAAAGAUAGAAGGGGUUGAAUCAGUAGCUACCGACAUAGCAAACGAUCAAGUGACGGUAAAGGGUGUUGUAGAUCCGGCGAAGCUCGUGGAGAAUGUGUACAAGAGGACUAGGAAACAAGCUUCCAUUGUGAAAGAGGAAGAAAAGAAGGAAGAAGAGAAGAAAGAGGAUAAGGGAGCAGAGAAGAAAGAAGGGGAGGAAAGCAAGGGAGAAGAAGAUAAUAAAGCUGAUGCCAAGAAAUUUGAGUAUUAUGGUCCUAAAUACUACAUGGAGUACUACUAUGCAUCCCCUCCUGAUCAGAUUUUUAGUGAUGAGAACCCAAAUGCAUGCUCUGUGAUGUAGUCAUGCAUUUGUAGUUCAAUCAGUUUAUCUAGUUAAGUGUAAUGCAAGUUUUCCAUA